AAUUUCGUUACCACGCUUAGAUUAACAUUCGUUACGUUGGUAGCUGAUAGCCGCUAAGACUAAGCUCCAGGAGUAUAGUGAAUGGCACAAUAAUUUGAAAGUAAAAUAUCAGAUAUUGGGGAAUAGCGCUAAUCAUCACUUUGAAAAUGUCGGUCGUAUUUCCUUCAGACUUCGUUUUGAUACAACAACACACACUACUUUUCUGACAUUGCUUAAUUUUUGUCAAAACUACAAAUAUUUAGCAUUUAGAGGAAUUUUUCGGCAGCCUGAAUGAAAUCCUAAUGUGACAUCCCCACAUGGGCGAACAGUUAUGUAACUUAUUUUAUUUUUGAAGAAAACAUGCUGUUUGACACUGAACUCUAUUCUGAUGAUGUGUAUUUGGUGGUGUACAGGUUGUGUAGUGACAAAAGAAAUCUGGGAAAACAAUCUGUAUUUACGCAAUGUCGUAGAGCAUGAAGCGCUUUUAAUUGUAAUAGGUAUAACUAGAGAAGCUAGCCACUUUUUUUAUCUUUCUGUGUAAACUGCAGCAGUCACCUGAUUUACUUGGCCAUGGGCUAAAUUCAGUCGCUGUUCACAAGUUACAGCAGUGUGGGGUGGAUUUUCCAACACUUCUUGGAGCAGCACAUUUGGCGUAAGGAAAGAUGGCACCAAAGCUGGAGGAUGUGACAUUCUUUAAUGGGCAUAAAAUGCCUAUUGUUGGACUAGGAACAGGGCAGGCUUCUAAAGGUGAAGUUGGGCGUGCUAUUGAUGUUGCCUUGGAAACUGGCUACAGGCACAUUGAUGCAGCUUAUCUGUAUGGAAAUGAAGCAGAAAUAGGACAAGCUUUAAAAAAAUGGUUUGAUUCAGGGAAACUGAAACGUGAAGACCUUUUUAUUGUAACCAAGCUUCCAGCUAUUGCAAAUCGUGCAGAGUCUGUAGAAAAGUACCUAAAAAAAUCUCUGGAAGCUCUGCAGCUGAAUUACGUCGACUUGUACCUGAUUCACCAACCUGUGGGCUUCCAGGAUGUGGGUGGUGAUACUUUCCCGAGAGACAAGGAUGGAAAAGUUCUCUUGGACAUGAACACUGACAUCAUCAGCUUGUGGAAGGCAAUGGAAGCUCAAGUAGAUGCCGGUCGAGCCCGUUCCAUCGGGCUGUCGAAUUUCAACUCCAGCCAGAUAAAACGCAUCUGGCAGGCCGCUCGCAUCAGGCCAGCCAACCUCCAGGUGGAGCUGCACAUCUACUUCCAGCAGCGAGAGCUGGCAGCCUUUUGCAAAGCGCUCGACGUGACGGUCUGUGCAUUCGCUCCUUUGGGGUCUCCUCAGAUGCCUAACCUGUUCCACGCAAGAGGUGGUGAUGCUAGCAAGUUAGUAAGCUUGAGUCCCAUGAGUGAUCCAGUAGUGUCACGUAUUGCAGAGAAGUACAAGAAGACAACUGCCCAAGUGUUACUGCGUCACACUGUACAGCGGGGCAUUGUGGUCAUCCCGAAAAGUGUCAACCCUGACCGCAUCAAGCAGAACUUUGAUAUUUUCGAUUUUGAACUGACACAAGAAGAUAUGGAUGAACUAGAUGCUCUUGACAAAGGACCAAAGGGCCGAAUGUUUAAUGAUGCCAUCGCACCAGAACGAACAAAGCAUCCAGAGUACCCAUUCCAUGAGAGAUAUUGAUACUUCGGUACUUGCAGCAUUAGGCAAUGUAUUGGAAGCUUUAUCAGGGAUGUCUGAUGAAAUUCUUGGCAGCAUAUGUGCUUGCUGCUUUUUCUGCAGACAUUUGUAACAACACUUUUGUAAUUAUAUAUUCUCUAAGGAAAAAAAUAAAAAGGUAUGUUUUUAGUGAA